GUUUACAAUUUGUUAAGUAAAUAAUAUUAUUAUUAUUCAAAUUAUAUAUUGCUUUAAUAGUUAUUUUUUAUUUCAUAAUGAAAAAUCACUAACGGUAAUGGGUGAUUGUUGCUGUAAAGAAAAGGAGCCCGAUGAGACAAUAUAUGCACCCAAUUCAACACCAGUGGUAUCCGCAAUGCUUGAUAAUCGCUUGCGGAUAUCUAAAGUUGUAGACCCCAAAAUAGUUGACCAACUGGUGCUAGAAAUGCUUACAGUUGCAGCAUCACGCGUUGAUACUGACGAGGAGUCACCAGUUCCUCUGGUGAAGCUCCAUGUCAUCGCUGAUAAAGAAGAGGGUUGGAUACAAAUGGUAACUUCAAUGGUGAAUGUUAUUCCCUUAGAAGAUCCCUUCGGUCCCACAGCUAUUUCUAUAUUACUAGAUGAUUGUCCUUUGCCGUCCAAAGAAUCAGUUAUAAGAGUGACACGUAUGUACGCGUUGUCAGCGGAACGCGCAACCAUUGGCGAUGUGAACACCCGCGUGGAGCGCAACAUAUGCGUCGUUUUGGGAUGCAUCGCUGAAAAGUUAGUGGGACCAAACAGCAUGGCUAUACUGACAAACGAUACACUCGAAUACUUACUCGCUUUUCUGACGCCAAAUAGUGCCCCGUACAUAGUAUUGUAUGCGCUCAUAGCCCUCGAGAAAUAUGCUCACACGACGGAGAAUAAGUUGACGAUAAAGAAUCGCCUCGAGCAGUUAGACGAGCAUCCAUUAUUGGAGCUAGAGAAAUAUGCUGAUAGUGAUAAUUACUUGUGGCGACAGGUCGGCUUCUGCGCUAACUGGCUGCUUGAUAAUAUGUUUAUCGUCGAUGGGAGGAAGUUGUCUUACGAAACCGUGGAUAUGACUGGAAUAAACGCUUUACUCAACUGUCACGACGUUAGUGAAUAUUUGCAAAUAUCAAGCAACGGCCUUGAAGCGAGAUGCGACUCGUAUUCAUUUGAGAGCGUCCGCUGUACCUUCCAAGUGGAUAGUGGCUGUUGGUACUAUGAGUCUAUUAUAAUAACGUCUGGUGUUAUGCAAAUCGGAUGGGCAACUAAAAAUAGCCACUUUCUAAAUGAAGAGGGCUACGGCAUCGGUGACGAUAUGUUCUCGCUGUCCUACGACGGGUGCCGUAAGCUCGUGUGGUACAACGCCAAGCCGACCCGCGUUGCUAACGUACCGGCUUGGCGUCCUGGCGACGUACUCGGCUGCCUGAUUGAUCUUAAUAAAAGAGAAGUCAUCUUCUCACUCAACGGACAACGACUCUCAACAUGCAAAGAAAUCUUCGAAACUACCAAGUACGGUUUCUUCGCGGCAGCUAGUUUCAUGGCGUACCAGCAGUGUCGUUUUAAUUUUGGCUACGAAGCGUUCAAAUAUCCACCAACGGAUAGGGAAUUUUCUGCUUUCAAUGAUUAUGGCGAGCUCACCGAUGAACAGAAAAAGGUUAUACCUCGACGUAUAUAUCUUGAACAACUACGAUGUUCAAGUGUAAAGGAAGAUUCGUGUACGCUUUGUUUCGAUGAUACCGCGUGCUGCGUUCUUGAGCCUUGCGGACACCGUGGCUUCUGCUCUGUGUGCACAUCCCAACUCAAAGAUUGUCCGAUGUGCCGAGCUGAUAUUUUGAACGUGAAACGAGAGAUCACAUGACGAAGUGGCCCUUUAUUAUAUCGCCUCUACCGCCGACUAACGUAACAUACAAAUGACUCGACAGCGGACAAACUUAACUAAUGAGAAAUGACGUAGGCUUAUUUUUUAGUGAACAAAUUGUUUGAAAAUUUCUCAUACAAAUCGCUUAUAUAUAAGUUAUGUAUUAUAAAAUGGACAACAUUGACAGAGCUUCUUUCGUAUUGACUGUCAAGCUGUCUACAGAAUCGCUAGAGAAGAUAGUUUGAAAAUGUUUCGUCAAUUAUGCACAUUUUGUCUAGGCUCGCUUGCAUCUUCAGACGAAGCAAAUUUUGACGUAAAUAUUCGACAUUUAUUAAUUCAAACGUUCGAAAUACAUUUAUUCGUAGCUUUACGCGUAUUUCCGAUUUCCUUGUCACUUUUUUCACAUUCGGACUUAUCGUAACGGAUAACGGAACAAACCGUCACAUACGAAAACGACAAUGACGCGCUAAGAAGUACAGAAUUACGUCAAUCAGCCAAAACACUCGAAUGCAAGGUUCAGUAGGUUUUUUCUCAAGCAAUCAUCAAUCUCAAGCAAUAACACAUUAUUAUAGUCUAUGGUUCUUUAUUUUAGAGUUUUACGAGACAGGAAUGUCGCAUUUUUAUUGUCUUUUUUUUUUAAUUAAAAUUUUGUAUGUAUUAUAAUUUAUAACAGGUAAAAAUUAAAAAAAAAACUAGAUUCUAUCGGAAACAAUUAUAUAAUUAUAUUAUACGAAUACAUUAAAUUUUUAUACUUGAAACAGUAUUUAUAAAUUAUUUAGUUAUAUGAGAUUAAUGCGACUAAAUGGAACGUAGGUUAAUUAAAUUAAGAACGUUUUAAAUUUAGUUUUGUUGUAAAACUUAUAUAUCUAAAGGUAAGGUUACUCUGUUAAUGGGCGAAUAAGCCUUUCAUUAUCUUAAUUAUAUAACAAAUUUGGCUGGGUUGCUGACAAUCUUAAUAUAUGCCAGGCUUAAGUCUACAUACUAAAGGUUAAAUUGUGUGUUUUUACUCAGCACAAAAUAGCACAGCUUUAAAAACGCAUUUGACAAUUUGUUUUUUUUUUUUUUGUUACAAUAUUAAGAAUUAGUUUUAAGUUAUUUUUUAUUUGAUUUUUUUUUUAAAUUCUUAUUUGCACAAAAUAUGACUAAAGCACGUUUACAAUGUUAUAGAUAUAAAAAUAGAAAAUAUAUUUACAUCAGAUAUUUUUUUUGGAAAUCUGUAUGAAAAGGAUAGUUUAUAUAUAUAAAUACAUUGCACUAAAUAUUUUCGGACACCUGUUAUGCAAUACCAUGUCCUAAGCAUAAAAAUAUGUAGGUAUAUAAUAAUGUCGCCAUAUAUGAGAUGAAAUUUGCCUUAUUUAUUGCCGAAAAAAAAAAAAUAUUCAUCAACAAAUAUAUGUGAUAAAAAAAUCUCAAGCUGAAAAAGAGAAUGUUCUAUUAGUAUAUCUUAAUAAUAAUAUUGUUUACGCUAUGUAAAUUAUAUUUUUUAUUUUCCAACGUUUUAUAUGUUUAUUGAUAUUUGAUGUAGUCAUCCUUGACAAGGCAAGGCAAGGCAAGUGGCCUCCAUAUUAUUCGAAUUGUUCAACGAAAACGACACAAUCCACCGAACCACCGUAAUUAAAUUUCUAUGAUUAUACCUAUAAGUGGUAAUAACAGAACAUUUAGGCACGUGACAAUGGAGGUCCGGUGAGGCUUGAACCCGCAAUCAUCAAUUAUUAUUCAAAUUUUCUAGCCACUGAACAAUCAAGGUUCUCGUAUUGCCCAAACCAUCGGUCAAUUAAAAUGUAUCAAGUAUUAUUGUUAAUGAUAUUCCAAUGUUGCUGUUUCUUACAAAUAUCGCUCUCUCGUCAUCUUUUUCUAAUUCAUGUGAUUGAAUAGAAUAGCAAGAAAGAAUUAUAAAAUACCUUAGUUCAGCAAUUUUAUACUCAUAAAACCAUCACGCAAUCAUUAUAUAGAAAUAAAUAUUAUCGCUUUGAAUAUUCGCGAAAAUAAAUAUGAAAAUUGUGUUACGUGGAUUGAAUCGUUUUCAAAUAUUCUACAGUCAUUCAGUCAGUAACAGCCUGUUAAUGUCCCACUGCUGGGCUAAGGCCUCCUCUCCCUUUUUGGGGAGAAGGUUACAUAUUCUACACGAGUUUGUAAUUUGGGACUGAAUCAUAAGUAUUGAUUAAUUAAGAACAUGUUUUUUAUAAUAAUCGCAUUGAGACAAACAUACAAUACUUAAUAAAUAAAUUAUUAAUAGUUAUAUUUAUACACAGCUAGCAAUAGACACAAGGAGUAUUUCACACUUUUAUUAAUAAUAAUGUUAUUGUGAUAAUCCUCGUGAUAGAAUUCAUAAAAAGGUUAUACAUAUAUAUUAAUAAAAGAAUUUCAUAACAGGAAGCGUUAUUACAUUAACGAAAAAUUAAUAUUUUAUAUCAAAUUCAACAUACGUAAGGCCCUUGGUUGUAAGUAAAUGUACAUUGUAUACAAGUAUUUUAUCCUUCGCAGAAACUAUGACAUUAGAAAUAAUUAAUUGAUUAGUUUAAAUUUAUUCAAGACCGUUAAGAGAAGGACGCCAUUAUAUGAUAAUGCAGAAAUUAAUCGCGAUAUUACGAUUAGUUUGCACAUACAAUGUACAUUUGCGAAGGUGACAUGUUUAACUAUAAUUAAUUGUUCGGUUACAUUGGACGCCUCGUAUUUGCGUCAAAUUAUUCCAUCAUUACGCUUCUUGCUCUUCUUAAUACAAAAUCUAAAGCACU